UACUAGAAGGGAUUUAGCGUCGGAUCGAGGCUAGUCCUUCCUCUUUUGCUUCUCCAUCGGCGAACAACAUGGCCGUGGGAAAAAACAAGCGCCUGACUAAGGGAAAGAAAGGCGUUAAGAAGAAGAUCGUCGACCCUUUUACUAAGAAGGACUGGUAUGAUGUGAAGGCUCCGUCGAUGUUCAACAUCCGUCAGAUUGGCAAGACUGUAGUCACCAGGACUGCUGGAACAAAGAUUGCCUCUGAUGGCCUGAAGGGACGUGUCUUUGAGGUCUCCCUGGCUGAUCUCCAGAACGAUGAGAUUGCAUUCAGAAAGUUCAAGCUCAUGUGUGAGGAGGUGCAAGGACGUAACUGCCUCACCAACUUCCAUGGCAUGAACAUGACCACUGACAAGCUGAGAUCGCUUGUGAAGAAAUGGCAGACCCUUAUUGAGGCAGCUGUUGAUGUCAAGACCACAGAUGGGUAUCUCUUGCGUAUGUUCUGCAUUGGGUUCACCAAGAGAAGACAGAAUCAGAUCAAGAAGACGGCCUACGCCAAGCACACCCAGAUCAAGGCCAUCCGCAAGAAGAUGGUGGACAUCAUCACCCGUGAAGUCAGCACCAAUGACUUAAAGGAAGUCGUCAACAAACUGAUCCCAGACAGCAUUGGUAAAGACAUUGAGAAGUCCUGCCAGUCCAUCUAUCCUCUCCAUGAUGUGCACAUCCGCAAGGUCAAGGUUCUCAAGAAACCCAAGUUCGACAUCGGCAAGCUGAUGGAGAUGCAUGGGGAAGCUUCCUCUCACGCCACGACCACCACCACAGAUGAGACGGGAACCAAGAUUGACAGGGAGGGAUUUGAGCCCCCAAUCCAGGAUACAGUUUGAAUGUCUAAUGUGAAAUAAAUUACCAGUCCAUCUU